AUGAAGCUAUACAUGAAGAGGCUGUAUGACUUCUCGACGCUGCUGCGUGCCACCGUUCCGGAAAUUCGUUACCUUGCCCCCCACCACGAGAAAGACGAAAGCUUCUGGCAGGUGGCCAGCGCGAUGGUAGAUUAUAAAUUCCCUGACGCUGAUCCAGAAAUCGCUUCUAGGCUAGCGGCAGCUAUGAUUCUGCGCCGCGGACGCCUCAUGCAGCUGCUGACCAGACGAGGCCCCGAAAGGCUAGCUCAUGCUAACACUGGCUCAGAAACCAAGAAGGGAGAAGAGCCAGAGCAAGCAGGGCUAUCCAUAUCCAGGGCACCGACCAGUGCCGCUACUGUUAUGUCUGCCGGAUACAACGCUCGCAAUCUCUCGAAAGUUACAGCCUCCAUUGUCUCUAACCAUGUCAAAGCUCUAGAAUAUUGGGACCUCAUUCCGUCCAGGCCAAAGACGUCCGAGACCGGCGGCUUCACGUGCCGCUACUGUCAUCGGACGCUACAACCCAUGUCUGCUUCAAGAUGGCGGUAA